AUGGCAGAAAACCGAGAGCACCGAGGGGCCGCGGAGCCUGAGCUGGAUCCAGUGGAGUACACCCUUCGGAAGCGACUGCCUCAUCGCCUGCCCCGGAGGCCCAAUGAUAUUUAUGUCAACAUGAAGACUGACUUUAAGGCCCAGCUGGUCCGCUGCCAGAAGCUGCUGGACGGCGGGGCGCGGGGUCAGAAUGCAUGCACUGAGAUCUACAUUCAUGGCUUGGGCCUGGCCAUCAAUCGUGCAAUCAACAUCGCCCUCCAGCUGCAGGCGGGCAGCUUCGGCUCCUUGCAGGUGGCUGCCAACACCUCCACAGUGGAGCUUGUUGACGAUCUGGAACCAGAGACUGAUGCCCGAGAGCCGCUGACCCGCAUCCGAAACAACUCCGCCAUCCACAUCCGAGUGUUCAGGGUCACACCGAAGUAA